AUGCUAUAAUUAAUACAAAAAUAAAUCUAAGAACACACUUAAGCAAAAGAAAAAAAGAUUGGUAUUGAUGUUUCUAAUUAUUUAUAUAGUUUAAUAUUUAGAUUAAAAUUAAUUUUCUUUAUAUGAAGAUCUCCUGAUAUUAGAAAAAAUGUUAAACGAAAAAUUAACCUAUUAACACUUUGAGCAAUUAUCAGAAAAGUGUCAUAAAAAAACACCUGAUGAAUUAAAACUUAGAUAUAUAAAUUGUAUAAAGAAAUUAACAGAAGAUGAUUUAAAAUCAAUAAUUGAAUUUAUUAAAAAUAAUGGUUUGGAGGGAACCUUAAUUUAUGAUAAAAAUGAAAUAAAAAUUUGUAAAAUAAAUGAAGAAAUCAAAAAGAAAAAGGAUGCUAUAUAAAAUAAAAAGGAAAUCAAACAAUUAGGUGAACCUUUACUAAAGAAAAAAAGGCGAAUUUAACCAGAAGUAUAACCAUAACCUUAAAAUUAUUAUUAACUAACUGAUUUAUAAAAGUAUAUUCUAUAUUGUUCUGCUCCUGUAUAUUAAGAAUAAAGAUUUCCUACUAAUCCUAAUUAUCAAUAGUCCUAAAGAUUAAGAUAAGAAUAAUUUUAAAAUUCUUUACAUGAUUUAAGCUUAUGGUAUGAUAUACCAUUUGAGAAAAUGAUCUCUCUACUCAAAGCUUGUUCAGGAAGCUUUAAUAAUUUAAAAUAAUUCUUGGAGGAUAAAAACUACUUUAUUUAUUGGAAACCUGAAGAAGAUUAAAAAUUAAAGUCAUAAGAGGAAAUAUAAUCAUUAUAUUUAACGAAAGGAGUUACAGAAGUGGAGAGAAGAAAAAAAUGGUUGCAAUUAGAAUGAUAU